AUGGUUCGAGUUGUUGGAAACGAAAAGGGCAAAGAUAAGGAAGGAGGUAAAAGUAAAGGUAAGGGCAAAGGUAAAUCCAAAGCCGAAAAUGAAUCAAGUGAUGAGUCUGAAUUCGAUGGAAGUAUUGACCCUGCUAAUAUGUCCAAUCCCCCUGAGGGUCAAGGUAAAUUUUACGAUUCUGGUUCAUCAGAUGAUGAAGAUGAUGAUGCAUCCAUCGCUUCAUCAAGUUCAAAAAAGAAAAAAGGUAAAAAAGGUCGAAGCCGAAGUCGAAGUGCCAGUCCAAAUGCCAAAAAACAGAAAAAGGACACCGGUUCAAUAGAUAGUAAUGAAGAUGAAUUCGCGGAAGAUGAUGAAAUUUUCAAAUCUAAAGGUAAAAGUGGCAAAACUCGCGGUGGUACUUCCUCUCGUGGUCGAGGUCGAGGUGGUUCUCGUGGCCGAGGAAAAAGUGGUAAAGGUGGAAAAGCAGCACCAAAACCGGAAGAAAGUGAAGAGGGUGAUGAUGGUGAAGAAGAGAAAAAACCUGACCCAAAGGAUAAAAAGGAUAAAAAAUCGAAAAAAUAA